UUCCGCUGGAGCGUCGUUAAAUAGACCACCAAUCGGUGGGAUGGAGUUUACCCCCAAAAUCACAGGAAAAACUACUAGCAUGAGUGGAGAGCUGAAGAGAGACUACGAGAUUGGCGAGGAGAUCGGGCGCGGCCGCUUCGGCGUGGUCCACCGCUGCACGUCGCGCGCCACCGGCGAGGCCUUCGCCGUCAAGUCCGUCGACCGCUCGCAGCUGGCCGACGACCUCGACCGGGAGCUCGCGGAGCUCGAGCCCAAGCUGGCCCAGCUGGCCGCCGCGGGCAACCCGGGCGUCGUCCAGGUGCACGCCGUGUACGAGGACGACGCGUGGACGCACAUGGUCAUGGACCUCUGCUCCGGCCCCGACCUGCUCGACUGGAUCCGCCUCCGCCGCGGCGCGCCCGUCCCGGAGCCCGUCGCCGCCGCCGUCGUCGCGCAGCUCGCGGAGGCGCUCGCGCACUGCCACCGCCGCGGGGUCGCCCACCGCGACGUCAAGCCCGACAACAUCCUCCUCGACGUCGUCGACGACGGGAUCGACGGCGGCGGCACGCCGCGCGCGCGGCUCGCGGACUUCGGGUCGGCCGCGUGGGUCGGGGAGAGCGGCGGCAGCGCCGAGGGCCUCGUGGGGACGCCCCACUACGUGGCGCCCGAGGUCGUCGCCGGCGGGGAGUACGGCGAGAAGGCCGACGUGUGGAGCGCCGGGGUGGUCCUCUACGUGCUCCUCUCCGGCGGCGCCCUCCCCUUCGGCGGCGAGACCGCCGCCGAGGUGCUCGCCUCCGUCCUCCGUGGCAGCGUCAGGUUCCCGCCUAGGCUGUUCGCCGGCGUGUCCCCGGCGGCCAAGGACCUCAUGAGGCGCAUGAUGUGCCGCGACACCUGGAGGCGCUUCUCCGCCGAGCAAGUCCUCGGUCACCCGUGGAUCGUGAGCGGCGGAGGAGCCCGAGCGAUGGAGCAGCCAACCUGAACGGCGGCCGCGUCCACGUCAAGAGGGGGCAGACAGAGGCAGCGAAUCAGUCGGUGCCACGUGUCGCCGUAGUCCUAGGGAGAUACGGCGAUAUUUUACAGCCGUAGUCUAUACGGUUUUGUAUAUACGACGAGACGGUAGAGAGAGAUCCCUGCAGCGGAUCCGCUGUAGGGUGUCGCGGUAUUGCAGAUCUGCAGUAGAGAGAAUAAUCAGAGUAUUGAUUGAAGAAGAAGCUCGUGCAGUCAUGCUAGGCUUCUUUUUUCUUUCACGGUUCCAGGUUUGCUCUGUCUCUAGAGAGAUCAGAGAGCCUUAAUUUUCGCUUUGUUUUUUUUUGUAUGAUGAUGAGUCAGGUUGUAUAUACGCUAACGUAAGUACUAAGCUUUUGUACAAAUCGAUCGGAGUUGAAUAAAAAUCGGGCUUGUGCUCUGCUUCGGCUUC